AAUGCCCUCUUCAAAAGAAUUGAUGAUUUCCCUAAAAUAUCCAAUAAAGGUUACCAAAAACUUAGGGAACUAAGUGACCUGUUAAUGGAACUUCAGGUUGCUAAAGCCGAAGGAGACUUACCAGGACUUGCAUUCCUGGAUACAGCCAGAGGUGUUAACCCCAUAGUGCAAAAGCUACCCUACAACUUGCAAGAACGGUGGAUGGCACAUGGGUCUAAAUUCAAACAAACAUACAAUGUCACAUUUCCCCCUUCACUGUGUUUGUGGACUUCGUAUACCAGCAAGCCAAGAUGAGGAAUGACCCCAGUUUUGAUUUCACUCUGCCACAUGCCACCCCUUCAGUGCCUAAUACUCGCAAAGCAGUAACAGUUCACAAAACUAAUGUUUCCUCUUCAGGUUCUUUCCACAGAUCUGCUGACAGCUCUCAGGAGGAGACAAACAACAAAGACCCUGGUAAGCAGUGUCCCCUACACCAAAGGCCUCACCCUCUUCUGAAAUGCAGAGCCUUCAGAGGAAAGUCCAUAGAUGACCGCAAAGCCUUCCUAAAGGAAAACCACAUCUGCUACAAGUGCUGCUCAUCAACAUCUCACCUUGCCAAGGACUGUAAGGUCAGUGUAAAAUGCACAGAAUGUGACAGCACACACCACAACACAGCAUUACACCCUGGGCCAGCCCCGUGGACAUUACCUCACAACAAGGGUACUAGCGAGCAUGGCGGGGAGGAAGGUGACACUGCUACAACUACCCCAGAGGUCACUUCACAAUGUACAGAAGUCUGCAAAGGAGCCAUAGGUGGCAGAUCCUGCUCCAAAAUCUGCUUAGUCAAGGUAUACCCGAAAGGCCAAAGGGAUAAAGCUAUUAGACUUUAUGCAAUCAUGGACGAUCAGAGUAAUGGAUCUCUAGCCUGUCCAGCUUUCUUUGAUUUAUUCAAUAUCAAAGGCCCAAGCAUUCCUUACUCCCUAAAGACUUGUGCAGGAGUUAUAGAGACAGCAGGGAGGAAGGCAUCUGGCUACCAAGUAGAGUCCAUAGAUGGACAAAUAUGCUUGCCUUUGCCACCUAUAACUGAGUGCAGUCGGAUACCAGAUAAUAGGACUGAGAUCCCUACACCAGAUGCAGCACUGCACCAUGCACACUUGAAAUGUAUAACGCACUUAAUCCCUGAACUUGACCCUAAGGCCCAGAUAAUGCUUCUUCUUGGAAGAGAUAUCCUACGGGUCCACAAAGCAAGGGACCAGAUAAAUGGUCCUCACAAUGCACCUUAUGCUCAGAAGCUAGACCUUGGAUGGGUCAUCAUAGGUGAUGUAUGCCUGGGAGAUGUACACAGACCAACCAACAUCAACACUCUGUAUACUAACACAUUAGAGAAUGGCCGCCCUUCUCUUUUUCAACCAUGUCCAAAUCGCUUUCUGAUUAAAGAGAUUCAGAAUAACGCUUAUCUAACCAACCUCUUAGGAGAGAGCUAUCCCUGCGCUAAGGAUGAUGAUCAUUUGGGUUGCAACGUGUUCCAGAGAUCCAAAAAUGACAAUCAACUUUCCCUUUCCAUAGAGGACAAAAUCUUCCUGGAAAUCAUGGAUCAAGGUCCAGACCUCAACAACAAACUCUUGGGGGUACUCAUACGUUUCCGCAAAGACCCUAUUGCCUUUAUAGCAGACAUCCAGCAAAUGUUCCACAGCUUUCUUGUGAGAGAAGAUCAUAGGAACUUCUUGAGAUUCUUCUGGUUCAGAGACAAUGAUCCAGCGAAAGAUGUCCUAGAGUACCGCAUGAAAGUGCAUGUGUUUGGAAACAGCCCUUCCCCUGCAGUGGCCAUAUAUGGGCUCAGACGGUCUGCCCAGGAAGGAGAAGUUGACUAUGGCAGAGAUGUCACACAAUUUGUUGAGAGAGACUUUUAUGUAGAUGAUGGUCUGAAAUCAUCACCCUCUGAGGAGACAGCAAUCAGUCUGCUUAAGAGAACACAAGACAUGCUAGCCUGUUCCAACCUCAGACUGCACAAAAUAGCCUCCAACAGCAUAGAGGUAAUGAAAGCCUUCCCUUCCCAAGACCAUGCUAAUGAUUUAAGAGACCUAGAUUUGGGUACAGACACAUUACCUGUACAACGCAGCCUUGGCCUAAACUGGGACUUGAAAUCUGACACAUUUACAUUUCAAGUGAACAAGGAUGAGAAACCCUUCACUCGCAGAGGAGUCUUAUCUACAGUAAAUAGUUUGUAUGACCCUCUAGGAUUUGCAGCUCCAGUGACUGUUCAAGGCAAAGCUCUACUACGAGAACUAACUGUGGAAUCUUGUGACUGGGAUUCCCCACUCCCAGCAGCAAAGGAACAAGUCUGGAUAGAAUGGAGAGACUCUUUAGGAGCAUUGUCUAGCAUUCAAAUUCCAAGGCAAUACACUUGUACUCCUGCUGCAGGAAGAAAAAAAGGAAGCUUUGUAUAUUUUCCGAUGCUUCAACCAAAGCAAUAG